CGUCUCACGGGGGCGCGCACCAUGCGGAGGCACGAUGGCGGAAAACGGGCUUGAGCGUGUUCUGUGGUUUCCAAGUCUGCCAGCUUGAGAAAUACUUGACAUAUACUUUGAAAGAAACACAUUUGACUUUUCGUCUGAGUUGGGAGGUUUUAUUCCCCAGACAGUAAGAGCAGAAAUUAUACCGUCAGACGCUGAGGUCAUCAACCUAAUCUGCUGUUUCGUAGCCCAUUCUGUUCUCUAUCCCACAAGCUGGCUGCCUCUGGGCCAGGCAGUGGAAUGGAACGUGGGUCUGACCCAGCUUUGAGUGAGGGUAGAGAGGAGAGAAGAGAAAGGGAAGAAGAAAAGAGGAAUGGCGUGAUGUCGUCUGCAGGAGGACGACAACAGAAAGAAGUAAAGAGGAAACGUGAAGAAGAUGAAACGUCUUCACCAGCAAAUACACUGGGUACAGAACACAGUGUGACUGUAGCCAGUCAUUAUAACAGUCUUCAGGAGACUGGUUUGGCCGCUCGGAGUCAGAGCCGAAUCUUCUACAUGAGGAACUUUAACAACUGGCUGAAGAGCGUCCUGAUAGGGGUAAUCCUGGAGAAGGUGAGAGAGACGCAGAGGGAGGUGGCUGUGUUGGACCUGGGCUGUGGGAAGGGAGGGGAUCUCCUCAAGUGGAGGAAAGGAGGCAUCAGACAUCUGGUCUGUGCAGAUAUCGCUGCAGUGUCAGUGGAACAAUGUCAAAGUCGCUACAGUGAGAUGAGGAGGAGGAGUCGCCCAAGUGACAGAAUCUUCACCGCCCAGUUCAUCACGGCCGACUGCACCAAGGAACUUCUGUCAGCCAAGCUGGAGGAUCCAGAGCAGCUGUUUGACGUGUGCAGCUGCCAGUUUGUCUACCACUACUCGUUUGAGAGCCAGAAACAAGCAGAGACGAUGCUGAGGAACGCCUGUGAGAGGCUGCGGCCUGGAGGUUUCUUCAUAGGAACCACCCCCGACGCCUACGAACUGGUUAAGCGUGUGGAGGCAUCAGACUCGCUGUCCUUUGGGAACGAGGUGUUCAAUGUGACCUUUCAGGAGAAAGGUUCAUAUCCGUUGUUUGGCUGUCAGUACCACUUCACCUUGGAGGGCGUGGUCAAUGUUCCCGAGUUCCUGGUCUACUUCCCCCUCUUUGAGGAGAUGGCUAAGCGCUACAACAUGCAGCUAGUGUUUAAGAAACGGUUCUCUGAGUUCUUUGACGAACACGUAAGGAAGGAGGAACAUCGAGGUCUGAUGAUGAAGAUGAUGGCUCUGGAGCCGUAUCUGUGUGACCAGAGGAGUCCGCUGGCUGCCGUCGCUGAUGGUGAAUACCAACACGCCCAGGAACACACCCAGAAACCCGGAGUACACCUACCUCUGGGCACCCUGAGCCGGUCUGAGUGGGAAGCUACCAGUAUAUAUCUGGUGUUUGCCUUUCAGAAGAUGUCCUGAUGGACACACAGACUGUUAGUGUCAGUUGCUGUGUAAGAGAUUUGCUGCAGGAUGAACAGCGCUCCAUGUUGGUUCAGGUCUGAACUGGUCCAGUUCCGCACCUAGACACACACACGCAACACCCGCCAUCAGUAUGUCGUCGCCUAUUGUAGGUCUGAAUGGUCACAUGACUGAUUACUUCAGUCAGUUCCAUGUCUUUUUUCUUUUCUUUUUUUUUUGGCUUUUUCUCCCCAAUUGUACUUGGCCAAUUACCCCACUCUUCCGAGCCGUCCCGGUCUCUGCUCCGCCCCCUCUGCUGAUCUGGGGAGGGCUUCAGACUACCACAUGCCUCCUCCGAUACAUGUGGAGUCACCAGCCACUUCUUUUCACCUGACAGUGAAGAGUUUCACCAGGGCGACGUAGCGCGUGGGAGGAUCACGCUAUUACCCCAGUUCCCCCUCCCCCCGAACAGGUGCCCCGACUAACCAGAGGAGGUGCUAGUGCAGCGACCAGGACACAUAUCUACAUCCGGCUUCCCAACCACAGACAUAGCCAAUUGUGUCUGGAGGGACGCCCGACCAAGCCGGAGAUAACACAAGGAUUCAAACCGGCGAUCCCUAUGCGAUUUCUUUUUUUUCACCGCUGUCUUGUCUGUACACAGUGUUGUUUUGGACACUGGUUCCGUUUUUCCAUGAUUGAUUUUCCACAGCAAGUAGCUUUGUUUCUGAGGGGUCUUUGGAAUCAAAUUUAAAUGAACUCCUGGUGAAUUUUCGGUGUCUCAGAUGUGAAGAACCAAGUCUGUUUAGGGUUCUCAUUUGGUCCAACGAAGAGUUUAGUUAGUAAUGAUCCUGUAGAAAACCUUGUUUUGUUUUAGUGCUGAGCUGUCCGUAACGUAGUCUUGGUUUAGUGGUGUAUGCUAACAGCUCGGGUGUCUAUAUUCUGUUAUCCUGAGUCAUACCUCUUCAGUUUGUUGUUGUGAUGAAGCCCAGAUGAUGUCAGGGUACUAAAACUGUUAUGACUUUUGUCAGUGGGACACAUUUUUUACUCUAAAUAAAACAUGUCUG